GAAUAGUGUUGCAAUCAUGAGAUGCCGUACAUCGUAUGUCAUUUCUCAAGUACGGCUGGGAAGGAGAUCCAUCACCUUGAACGGGUUUAUUCCUACGGUUACUAUGGUUGCUAAUGCUCAAGAUAGUCAUCCCUAGUGGUGGCAUUUGCUAUAUUUAUCACCACACGUACUGGCCAGACACGAUUUCUUCAAUUCCAUGACAUUAGAAAACCUCACAAGAUUUUCCAAAUAUUGACCUUUAUUCAGAAUUCAUCGGAAAACCUCGCACGAUGGGCCAAAUACCUUCAAAAAUAUCAAAUGGAAUCGGCAGAGGAACAAAUGUGACAGGAUGUGACGGCGAAGUACUUCGUAAAAGCCGGCCUGAACUAGAGCAAUUCGCUCAAGACAGAGAUGCGAAUUACUUUCCGCAUUCUUUGACUAUUCGACGAGCAAAUGCCCAGCUGGGGUAUCUUUCAGGGAGACUAUUUUUUCGUCGACCUUUGACUUUAAAUCGCCUAAAAGUAUUUAAGCAUCGACCUACAAGUCUUGUAGGCGCCGUCUGGAAACAUAUCAAUCCAGAUUCACAAUUAAGUCCUCUCCAGAAAGAGGCGAUUGUGAAGUGGAAGGUGGUUGAUAUCCUCAACACCCCAAAUCAUCUUCGUCUCGUAUCAACGAAAACCAUCCUGGAAAAAUACUUUCACAUAUUCGAUGACUUGUUCUUUGGGGGUACGUUGACCGAAUACAUCAUCCUGACUACUUCCUUACCCGGCAACACUCUCCCUGGUUGUCAAGGACACGCGUCUCAAGAAUCCAAGGCCGUUUACAGGAGAGGUAGAAAAGAUGUUAUUCAAUGCCGCUUCAGGCCAAUGAGCACCAUCACCAUCUUUGUUGGACCGGAGGUUGAGCCGCUCAAUGGAGAAAGAUUGAAAAAGUUAUUUGGUAUAUUAGUACACGAGAUGUGUCAUGCCUUUUUCCACAUAUACAGUUGUGUUGGACGCUGUUGUAACCAUGGAUCUUUGGAGCAACUGGGAACGCAAAGACACGGAGUCAUGUUCCAGGAACUAGCAUUCGAUAUCCAGUUAAUGGCAGAAAAGAAGGAUAUCUUAGGAUUCAACUUAAAUAUGGGUAGAUAUUACAGUCUUCUGCAUGAGCUAUGCGAUAAGCCGGAUUGGAAAGGACAGAUCGACGUGAGUAGAUGGGGAUUCGAUGAGGGAAAGUUGAUCAGGGACAUCGGUUUCAGCACCUAGGACUGUGGUUCAAUUCUGCGCGAGAGCUAUAUCUUUUUCACGAAUGGCUAAUAAAUCUCAGCUGCAUGGAUUCGAUAUUUGAUUGACCUGAAACUAAUUUCUUCUACGUCUGAUUAUUUCAACAUCAUUCAUUUUCAGAUCUCCUCUAUUACAAGUAAGUAUUUCCCUCGAAUUAAUGAAAAUUAAAAUAAACCACGACUUCUUUUGUUCUGUUCUGUGCCUCGUGGUGAAGAUAUAGUCUUACGUUUAACAGUCUAUUCAAAAGGGGAGUAUUUGCGGCAAUAAGAUAGCUCCAUAACAGAAGAAUCUACUUAACAUAGCAUAAUGGUACAACCUCCCAUAAACUAAUUCUUGCACAGGAUUGAGAGGAGGCUUCUCUGUGGACUGUGGAAAAAUCCGAAUUUCUUCA